AUGGCCGAUGUUCGGGAUGAGUUUUGGAGCAGCUACAUGGGUCGGGAGAAGCCUCUGGAUAAAGAAGACUUCAACGAGUAUGUGCCGGGGAUAUCCUAUGAUCUCAGCGAUAUGCAAACGAAUGGAUCUAAAACUGCAUCUUUCACACACUUUGAACUGCAUGAUACCGGAGAUAAGGAGAUUAAUGGAUCCAAAUCGGCAUCUUUCACACACUUUGAACUGGUGGGUUUUCCAGGUCUCAUGGACUACAAGACGGUUCUCUAUGUUGGAUUCCUCAUACUCCUACAUGUUAAUGGCAAUAUCGAUUAUUCCCAAACUUCUGGCAGUUCUUUCUGGAGGAUGGAGCGGAUGUCUGCCAUCUGGCUGACCAACCACGUGCGUUACCUGAUAGACAUGCUACUAGUAACAUCAAUUAUUCCCAAACUUCUGUCCAUUCUCUCUGGCUAUGACAAUACCAUUUCUUUUGCUGCUUGCUUUGGGCAAAUGUAUUUUAUUAUAUCUUUUGGUUCAACAGAAAACUGCUUGGUGGCAGCGAUGGCAUAUGACCGAUACAUUGCAGUUGUUAAGCCUCUACAUUAUAAUGUGAUAAUAAACCUGAAAAAGUGUGUGGUUAUAAUGACCACCGUGUGGACACUUGGAUUCCUAAUUCCUUCUGCUUUCAUAAUACUAGCUUCAGAGCUGCCAUACUGCGCUUCAAAUAAAAUCAUGCACUGUUUUUGUGACUACCCAGCAGUGCUUUCCCUGGCUUGUACUGACAUUUCUGAUUAUGAAAAAGGAGCAUUUGGUCUUGCUUUGUUUGUAAAUUAUGUACCCUUACUUUUUGUGCUGUGGACAUAUGUCAGAAUUAUAGUUUCUGUUGUAAAACUCAAGACAAAGGAGAGCCGAGCAAAAGCCUUUUCAAUGUGCUCUUCGCAUGUGACUAUUGUGUUGAUGUAG